AUGGUUGAUGCAGUUAUUCUUCGAGUUGUUCUUCAGAACAUCAACUCUUUACUUCAGGAGGAGUUUGGUUUGGUAUGGGGAGUCGAUCGAGAGAUGAGAAGGCUUUCAAACACCUUAGCUACAAUUAGAGAUGUAUUGGAAGAUGCUGAGAUGAAGCAAUUCAAGGAUAAAGCUAUCAAAGGUUGGUUAAAGAAACUCAAGGAUGCAGCUUAUGAUGCAGACGACAUCUUAGAUGAGUGUGCUGCCAAAGCACUCCAAUUAGAAGAAGCCCAGAAGAGAAACUGCGCCAACCAGGUAAGCAACUCUUUCUUACCUUGGUUCAAUUUUGAAAAACUUAUGUUUCGUCGCAAGAUUGGACAGAGAAUAAAAGAUAUUAGAGAGAGAUUUGAUGAUAUUGCUGAUGAGAGAUCCAAAUUUCAUUUGAACCCUCGGGGAAAUGCAAUGGAAUGGACCGUUGAGACUAGUGAACGAGAGACUAGCUCCAUUCUAACUGAGUCCCAUGUUUAUGGGAGAGAUGAGGACAAAGAAAAGAUAGUAAAAGUAUUGAUGGACAAUAUUAGCAACCCAGAAUUACUGGUUUAUCCAAUAAUCGGAAUUACUGGUUUAUCCAUUUUGGCAGCCUUGAGAGUCAGUUACAAUCAUCUGCCCUCACAUUUGAGGCAAUGCUUCGCUUAUUGCUCCAUAUUUCCAAAGGAUUAUAGGAUGUGGAAGAAACCAUUAAUCUACCUCUGGAUGGCUAAUGAUUUUGUUCCAUCAAAAGGAAAAAUGGAGUUGGAAGACACUGGAAAUGAAAUUUUUAAUGAGUUAGUGUGGAGGUCUUUCUUCCAAGACAUAGAAAAAGAUGGUGAUGGCAAUGUAGUGAAUUGUAAGAUGCAUGAUCUAGUCCAUGAUCUUGCAUGUUCUGUCAUGGAUAAUGAAUGUUUGGCCUUGGAGACUCGCAACGAAAAAACUGUUCCCAAAGGGGCAGCCAUCUUCAGCUCCUUGUUUGAUACACUUGAGGCAUUUGAUACACUUGAGGUACCAUCUCCCAAUAAUGAUCAAACUCACAUCCAAGAAAAUGUUGAUGAGGUGGUAGAAGGGCUCCAGCCCCCAACAAGCAUAAAAAGAUUGAAAAUGGAAGGGUACCAAGGCAUGAAGUUUCCAAGAUGGAUGGAGGAUUUGUCGCUCCAAAAUUUGGUUGAUGUUGAAUUGAAAGAUUGUAGCAGAUGUGAAAAUUUCCCGCCUCUCGGGAAUCUGCCAUUUCUCAAAUUUCUUCAUGUAAGUGGAAUGGAUUCUGUCCGAUACUUAUUAGAUGUUGAGUCCGAUAGUGGUGAUGGAUCGGCUAAAGGAUUCCCAUUGCUGGAAGUUCUGAAAUUAUAUAACAUGCUAAAUUUGGAAGAAUUGUUAUUGAAUGUUACACGAGGAAGAGAAGUAGUAGUAUUCCCUUGUCUUGUGUCAAUGAGAAUUAUGAAUUGUGAUAAGUUGAAAACCCUUCCAUUGCUCCCGUCUCUUAAAUCUUUAUUUCUUCAAACGAAGGAAAGUGAAAACAUUCCAGAAGGGCUGCUACAAAACCGAAACCUCCCCGUUCUUGAGAGUUUGAAUUUUGAUAAUUCCCCCAACCUCGUCAAUUUGCCAAGAUUGUCUAUUAGGCAUGGGGAAUAUGGAUUUAGCUCUCUUAAAGAGUUUAGGGUCAACGAGUGCAAUGCUAUGAAAUAUUUGUGGGAGGAUGAGACCCAAUUCCAGGGGUUGUGCUCUUUGAAGGUACUGAUAAUUGAAUGUUGUGAGAGACUAGUAUCUCUGCCAAGGAUAAGAUAUUUAACAGCUCUUGAGCAUUUGUAUAUUAAUCAGUGUCCAGAGCUAGAACUCUCUCAAUUGGAGGAUUUUCGGCACCUCACUUCCCUUCAAAAAAUAGAUAUUAUCAACUUGCCUAAGUUGAUGACUUUAGCUGAGAGCUUAAGACACACUACAACAUUGCAGCAUCUAAGAAUCACUGGUUGUGUGGGCCUGACUGUGUUGCCAGAGUUGAUCGAAAAUCUCACGUCACUUCGAACUAUAGAGAUUUGGUAUUGUCCAAAUCUUACUUUCUUACCAGAUGCUCUUCGACAACUGACAAUGCUGCAAACCCUUAUAAUAGAAGGAUGCCCUGUCUUAGAGACACGAUGUAGAGAAGGAAGAGAAGACUGGCAAAAGAUAUCCCACAUUCCAAAGGUUAUCAUCAGCUCAUGGCCACCACGAACACCAAUGAAGCAAAACCGUGGAUGUUGGGGUCGUCUCUUGGAGUUGAAGAGGAGGUGCGGUGCUAUGAAAUCUUUGUGGAAGGAUGAGACCCAAUUCAAGGGGUUGAGUUAUUUAAAGGCAUUAAUGAUUUACUAUUGUGACAAAUUAGAAACUCUGUCCGGACUGAGAUAUGUAACAGCUCUCGAAAAAUUGAUUAUUUAUGAUUGCCGAAAGCUGGAACUCUCCAAAUUGGAGGAUUUUCGACACCUCACUUCCCUUCAAGAAAUAGAGAUUGUCAACAUGUGUGAGUCGAUCUCUAGGCCAGAGAACUUGAAACACACUACAAUGCUGCAACGUCUACAUAUCAGUUGCUGCAUGGGACUGACUGCUUUGCCAGAGUGGAUCCACAAUCUCACGUCUCUUCGAAUUAUUGAGAUUUGUGGUUGUCCAAAUCUUUGUUUCUUGCCAGACGGUUUUCAACAUAUGACAGCCCUCCAAACUCUUAUAAUUGAUAAUUGCCCUGUAUUAGAGACACGAUACAGAGAAGGGGGAGAAAACUGGCACAAGAUAUCCCACAUUCCAAAUGUCAUCUUCAGAUCAUGGCCAUCACCAGUACCCAUGAGACAAAACCGUCGAUGUUGGGAUCGUCUCUUGAAGUCGAGGAGGAGGAGGUGA